AAAUAUUUUUCCAAUGAGUAAUGGUUUUCCAAGGCCACGAGUUUGGGUGCCCGGACAGAGAAAUGAAGCUCCCAAUCCUCUGUUCGGGUUGUCUAGGCCAUUCGGUCUGCCGACCGAACACGAACAGGGUUAUUAUCUUCCAAGCAAUAAUAACGAUUGGGAAUGGACAACAACCCCAACCAGUCACCAGGUCGGACCAUCUUAUUCCCAUGGAGGAGAUUAUCCAAGUUAUGGUGGAAUGGUAUUGAUCCAGGAAAGGAGAGGACCAGGUCCUUCAAUCUUACCUAGAUACACACCAAUGUUAAAUGAUCACAUAGGAAGCAGCCAUCCAAGGUUAAUUAUGCAGCCGACUACAAGAACCAGGCGAGAAGUUUCAUUUCCAAGACAGGAAGACCAAACAAGAAGAAUAGACAGGGAGGAACAAAAGGCAAUGUUAAGCAAGCUCAAGAAAGAAGUCUACUAUCCUAAGACCUCAGUGAGAUCUCUCGCAACAAGAUUGAGCUCAUUUUACAGGAAGGAUGCAACAUCAACCUUGGAGGAAGAAGAAGACGAUGGAAAGAGCUCAUGUGUGGUUUGCUUGGAGGAUUUCAAGCCUUACGAGAAUGUGAUGACAACUCCGUGCAGUCAUAUGUUUCACGAGGAUUGCAUCUUACCAUGGAUGAAGAGCAAUGGAAAAUGCCCUGUUUGUCGGGCUGUGAUCUACGAGAAGAGAAAUGAGCGAUUGCCCACUCGUGAUAAUAAUAAUCAGACGCUGCAAAUUGAUGCAUUUGAGCUUAUUGCACUUGUUAGAGCCAUGGAGGAAAGUAUUGGUUGGGGGUGAAACAUUACUAGCAAAUAAAGAACACAUAAUAAGGGUCUUCCUUCAUUGUAACCUAUAAACUUCUUUGGAAAUGUGAAUAAAAUGUUCAAGCGCCUUAGUUGAUGAUUU